UCCUAGCCGCAAAAGAGGAACUGACAGCAGCUCAGCACCACCCCCUGUCUCUGCUGCAGUCUCGCUGUCCCCACACUGCUCCUGCCUCAUGGCACCAAUGGUGGUGGCCCUCAUCCUUGGUUGGUGGCUGGUGGCUGUAAGCAGGGCACAGCAACUGCCCCGACCCUCCCUGUCGCUGCACCCCAGUCAGAGGGUGUCCCUGGGGGACAAUGUCACCCUGCGCUGCCACCUGCCCCAGCCAGCUGCCUGGGUCCGACUCUAUCAGUACGAUAAUCCAACAUACAUUGAGCAGAAGGACAACGUGCAGGACAUGGCUGAGUUCUCCUUGGCUGAAAUAAAGAAGGAAGAUGCAGUGAUAUAUCAGUGCCAGUACCAGGGGUUGGCACCUGCAGGGAUAUCGGAGAAGAGUGACCCCAUGAAGCUGGUGGUGACAGAUCACAGCUAUCCCCCACCUGGCAUUUCCCUCAGCCUUGAGGAAUAUGUUGAGAUAGGGAGCAAUGUCACCAUCCGCUGCUGGAACAACAUCUCUGGGGUCGCCUUCUUCCUGCACAAGGAAGGGCACUCAGCUCCAGUCCAGCGCCAAAAACUCAGUGCUGGAAGCAUGGGCACCUUCACCCUCUUUGGGGUGACCCCAGCUGACUCUGGCACCUAUAGGUGCUCCUACCGCAUCAGCGGCUGCUGCCUUCUGUUCUCACCCCUUGGGGAUAAUGUGACCCUGGAAGUGAUUCCCAGACCUGCAAUCCCAGGUGUCAGUGGGGGUGCCAGCAGGAACCUGGUGGCAACAGUGGCGGGGGGCUGUGCUUCUGCCAUUGUCUUCAUCAUCGUCCUCACUGUCUCUUUCCUCCUUGUUGCUCAGAGAAGACGAAUGCAGACAGAUGAGAGGCCUGGUGCCACCCCCAGAAGUCCCGAGGCCGUGCAGUUCCAGGUGUCCCCCAGUGACAGCGAGGGUCUGACCUACGCCCAGCUGCAAGCUGUGACCCCCAGCACCUACCCCCCAGAUUCUUCUACCACUCCUGAACCCUCAAUCAUCUACACCGAGGUGGGCACGCGGGGACCCCGCUGAUGCCCCCAGAUGUGUAUGCAAACACGGGUGUGUUGUGUGCACACAUGGACUUCAAGGGUGCACAGUGCCAGUGUGCUCAGUGUGCUCACCAUCACAUGUGAAUUACAGCCAUGUACCUGUGCGUGUGAACACGUGGAUGUGUAUUAAACAGGUGUGCACCAUCCCAUGUGCACAACAGGUGUACAAACACACAUGUGGGACACGCUGAACUCUGUGCCUCUGUGUGUGUCUGUGCGAUGCCGUAUGUGUGCACCACCAGCUGUACACACUGCUGCUCAUGUGUGUCCUUAGCAUGUGCUCCCUGGGUCUGCACUAUACGUGUGCCUCCACAGCACAUGCAUGUCAUCAACAAGUGCGUUGUGCUUGCACCACAUCGGUCCCCACAGCACACACAUGUCCUUUCCGUGUGCUCCCCACGGCGCAUCUCCAUCUCCACAAGCCAAUCCAGCCCCCAUCCCACAGUGGUGUUGGGGCAGG